AUGGCCCAGACAACUUCGGGAUACUCUGUCGGUAUUGACCUCGGCACGACCUACUCGUGCGUCGGCGUGUGGCAGAACGACCGCGUGGAGAUCAUCGCCAACGACCAGGGUAACCGCACCACCCCGUCGUACGUGGCCUUCACGGACACCGAGCGCCUGAUCGGCGAUGCCGCCAAGAACCAGGUGGCCAUGAACGCGCACAACACGGUGUUCGACGCCAAACGUCUGAUCGGCCGCAAGUUCUCCGACCCGAUCGUCCAGGCCGACAUCAAGCACUGGCCGUUCAAGAUCUCGUCGGGCGCCGGCGACAAGCCGCAGAUCACGGUGCAGUUCAAGGGCGAGUCCAAGACGUUCCAGCCCGAGGAGAUCUCGUCCAUGGUGCUGAUCAAGAUGCGCGAGGUGGCCGAGGCCUUCAUCGGCAAGGAGGUCAAGAACGCCGUGAUCACGGUGCCCGCCUACUUCAACGACUCGCAGCGUCAGGCUACCAAGGACGCCGGUGCCAUUGCUGGCCUGAACGUCCUCCGUAUCAUUAACGAGCCGACGGCCGCGGCCAUUGCCUACGGCCUGGACAAGAAGGGCGGCGAGCGCAACGUGCUGAUCUUCGACCUGGGUGGCGGCACCUUCGACGUGUCCCUACUGAGCAUCGAGGAGGGCAUCUUCGAGGUGAAGGCUACUGCUGGUGAUACGCACCUGGGCGGCGAGGACUUCGACAACCGUCUCGUGGACCACUUCACGCAGGAGUUCAAGCGCAAGCACCGCAAGGACAUCACUGAGAACCAGCGUGCCCUUCGUCGUCUGCGGACUGCCUGCGAGCGUGCUAAGCGUACGCUGUCGUCGUCGGCCCAGGCGUACAUUGAGAUUGACUCUCUGUUCGAUGGCAUUGACUUCAACUCGACCAUCACCCGUGCUCGUUUCGAGGACAUGUGCGGCGACUACUUCCGCAAGACCAUGGAGCCCGUGGAGAAGGUGCUCCGUGACGCCAAGCUCUCCAAGAGCCAGGUGCACGAGGUCGUCCUCGUCGGCGGCUCUACGCGUAUCCCCAAGGUGCAGCAGCUGCUGUCGGACUUCUUCAACGGCAAGGAGCCCAACAAGUCGAUCAACCCGGACGAGGCCGUCGCGUACGGCGCCACGGUGCAGGCGGCCAUCCUGAGCGGCAACGACUCGUCGGAGAAGCUGCAGGACCUGCUGCUGCUGGAUGUGACGCCUCUGUCUCUGGGUCUGGAGACGGCCGGCGGUGUCAUGACGACGCUGAUCGCCCGUAACACGACGGUGCCCACCAAGAAGUCGCAGACGUUCUCGACGUACGCGGACAACCAGCCCGGUGUGCUGAUCCAGGUCUUCGAGGGCGAGCGCUCGAUGACCCGCGACAACAACCUGCUGGGCAAGUUCAACCUGGACGGCAUCCCGCCCAUGCCCCGUGGUGUGCCGCAGAUCGACGUGACCUUCGACAUCGACGCGAACGGCAUCCUGAACGUGUCGGCCGUGGAGAAGUCGACGGGCAAGGAGAACAAGAUCACGAUCACGAACGACAAGGGCCGCCUCUCGCAGGCCGAGAUCGACCGCAUGGUGGCGGAGGCCGAGAAGUACAAGUCGGAGGACGAGGCCAACAAGGUGCGCAUCGAGGCCAAGAACGCGCUCGAGAACUACGCGUACAGCCUGCGCAACAGUCUGAACGACGAGAAGCUCAAGGAGAAGAUCCCCGAGGCCGACAAGAAGGUGGUGGACGACAAGGUGACGGAGACGAUUCAGUGGCUGGACGCGCACCAGUCAUCGGAGAAGGAGGAGUACGAGGCCAAGCAGAAGGAGCUCGAGGGCGUGGCCAACCCCGUGCUGCAGAAGGUGUACGCCGCCGCCGGUGGCAUGGGUGGCAUGCCGGGCGGAAUGCCUGCCGGUGCCGGCGCCUCGGCUGCUCCAUCGGCGGGCGGCGCGGACCAGGGCCCCAAGAUCGAGGAGGUCGACUAA